CCGUCGCUCGCGGCUGAGCGCGGCGGCGGCGGCGGGGAGGUCGGCCAUGAGCGAGGUCCGCCACGCGCUGCUCCGCCGGGACGCGCUGAGCGCCGCCAAGGAGGCGCUCUACCACCUGGACGUGCUGGUCAGCGGGCAGCUGCAGAGCGCGGCGGCGCUGCCGCCCGGGGACGCGGGCCCGGUGGAGCUGCUGGAGGAGUUCGUCUUCCAGGCGCUGCAGGAGCGCGGCGGGGCGCAGCCCAAGAGGCUGACGGCGGUGCAGGAGCUGCAGCUGCUGGAGACCCUCUGCGGCUACUUCCAGGAGCAGAGCAAGGAGGCGGUGCGGCAGGUGGUCUUCUCGGCGCUCUUCGCCCCGCAGGGCAACAAGGCGGACGACAGCCGCAUGGCGCUGCUGGGCAAGCUGGUCUCCGUGGCCGUGGCCGUCGGCCGGGUGCCCGUGCUCGAGUGCGUGGCCUCCUGGCUGCAGCGUACCCCGGCCGUCUACUGCGUGAGGCUGGCGCGGGCGCUGGUGGACGAUUACUGCAGCCUGGGGCCCGGCUCUGUCCAGACCCUCCAGCACAUCUUCAGCGCCAGCCCUCGAUUCUGCUGCCAGUUCAUCACUGCCGUCGCCAUGCUCUACGACCUGUCCUCAGAUGAGCUCAUCCCUUCCCCUGAUUUGCUGGAGAUGAUCGUCUCCUGGAUCUUCGAAGACCCUCGGUUGAUCCUGAUCACCUUUCUGAACACACCAAUUGUAACAAGCCCACCCAUUGGCUUUCUUGAGCUCACCCCACUCUGUGGCCUGAUCUGCUGGUGUGUGAAAGCCCCGUUGGCUUACAAGAGACGAAAGCUGCCUCCCUCCAAUGGGGCUCUUGGCGGGAAGAUGGACUUGCCGGACAGCUUUGACAGGGACUGUCACCUGCUAUAUUCCAAGCUGCACCUCAGCAUCCUUCAGGUGCUGAUGCUGCUUCAGGGGCACUUGACCGAGAAGAACCUGUAUGGACGUCUUGGGCUGGUGACUGGGGAGCAAAUGGCUUCCCUGGUGGAGGACGUGCGCCUCCUCUCUGACAAGCUGAACCCUCUCCACGCAGCCAAGGAGAUCGAGCUGGCACUGGACCGGCUGGCCCAGGUCUUGCAGGUGGCCAUGGCCUCUGGAGUGUUGCUUUGGACAAGAGAGAAUCUAAGGACAGUGUGCUCUGGACUGCCGCAUAACAACUUGCUCCAGCUGGUGAUUUUGGGUCCAGUCCAACCGCCAGCCCAUGCUGCUCUGCCCCCAGGAUUUUAUCCCCCCAUCCAUACCCCUCCGCUUGGAUACCCUACCCACGCCGCUCACCCUGCUCAUCCUGUGCAGGCCUUCAUGCCGGGCAUGGCAUUUCCAUACCGGCCCAUUCGCUGAAGGCUCGGCUCCAGCACUUCAACUUUUCCAUGCCUUGUGGAAGCCUUAGAAAAAGAGCCCAUUGUUUUGGGGUUGUGUUGGGGGGGAUUUCUAUAUUUAUUAGAGAAACAAGUCUUAGAGAAAGAGAUUGUCUAUUCUGGGAGGAGAGAACUGAUGGUGCUGGACAUUAACAACGGGGACUUAACACCGAUGCAGGCAUAAUGGAUCGGCCAUAAGAUGUACAGUUCCAGCUUUUGAAUGGGCAAGAGCCUUUUCCUUCCUAUUGUUGACUUGGUAUGAUUUUUAACUACAGAGGAAGGCAGGAUUGUGGGGUUUUUUUUGCCAAUUACCUUUUUGGGUAACUUUUUUUUUUCCGUUCCCCCAAACAGAAGGAAUGGAUAGUUAUGUAAAAAUGGCAAAAGGAGAGGUAAAUCACAUUUUGUAAGCUUUUUGGUCAGUCUUUAUGUGGAAAACCUGAGUGCAUUUUUAAAAACAGAUUUCUGCUUUAAAA